AUGAUAGACGACCUGGGAAUGCCACCUUCUGAGGGGCCGCCUUCUGAGGGGCCGCCUUCUGAGGGGCCGCCUUCUGAGGGGCCGCCUUCAGGUCGGUCCCGAGCGAAGCCGGCAGACCGAGGGGGAAGGGAUCCCAGAUUUCCGUGCGAUUCUCUCCGUUUCUCGCCGUCGUCGUCCGCGCCGAUCGUCGGGGAUGCGGUGAGAAAGGGAGUCAUGGGAGUCAUGGAUGUCAAGGGAGUCAUGGAUGUCAAGGGAGUCAUGGAUGUCAUGGAUGUCAAGGGAGUCAAGGAAUUUAUCAGUGUUGACCAGGACCGGAAUUAUCAGAACAGGAUGUGGGGGAUCGGAGGAAGCGGAGCCGAGAUGGCGUCGGAGGCGAAGCCCUGUUGCGACCCCCCCUGCGGCCCCCCUUCGCCCCCCUGCGGCCCUCCCUCGUCCCCCUGCGCCCCCCCCUCUUCCCCCUGCGCCUACGGCCCCGGGUACCCCUACGACCCCCGGGGGUUCCCCGGGGCCUCCCCCUGGGCUCCCCGGGACCGCGAGGUGUUCUACGGCCCCUAUUCGCCCUAUCCGCCCUAUUCGGCCUGGGGCGGCCCGCACUUCGCUUAUCAUCAGUUCGCUCAAGGAGGUUCCAUCCAGGGCUUCCACCUCCUUCCGCCUCUAUCCACCUCCUUCCGCCUCCUUCCGCCUCCUUCCACCUCCUUCCUCCGUCGAGGGCGGUGGCGGAAGGAGAACGCCUUGCGAUUUGCCGUCUCCGCCUUCGACCGUGCAGCUUCAGUCCGAGACGGAAAGAAAAGGAUUCUGUUUGUGACGCUGCACGCCGUGAGACGCGUCGGGGUCCAUCCGUCAGGGAUCGAAAGGGGAGCCCGUCUAAUUGGCUGUCUCCGUUCCGUGCAGAUGGCUUUCGUUAACCGGCACGCCAUUAGUCGGGGCGCGAAGGAUGUCGGCGGGAGAGUCGUCGACGGGGGAGGAGAGGGCGAGGGAGUGCGUGAACUGCGGGGCGGGGUCGACCCCGCUGUGGCGGAGGGACGCGACGGGGCAUUACCUGUGCAACGCGUGUGCGUUGUAUCACAAGAUGAAUGGGAUCAAUCGGCCGGUCUUUCGGGGAACGCCGAGGAAACUCGUCUCGAGUCGGAGGCUGGGGCUGAGAUGCGCGAACUGCGGGACCGGGACGACGACGCUGUGGCGGCGGGACCCGAGGGGCGAGCCGGUCUGCAACGCCUGCGGGCUGUACUUCAAGCUCCACGGCGUGAAUCGGUGAGGACCGCGGGUUUUCCGCGUUCGUCCGCCGGUCGUCGCGUCUCCCCGUCGGCGUCGAGUGACGAGCGCGUUUUUUUCAGGCCCCUGGCGAUGCGUCGAGACGGGAUCCAGACCAGGAAGCGGAAGCCCAAAUCCCUCGUCAAGAAGCUCGACGACCCCUGCCCCUUCGAGGAGACCAGCGGCGGCCUCGACCACGGACCCGCGGCCCGCGACCCCCGUCACCCCGGGACCCCCGGCUUCUCCUACCAGGCCAACGUGUUUCCCUUCUCCAAGUUCGUGUUCCAGUCGAAGGGUCUCUGCUCCUUCCCCAUUUCAUGAGUGAGCUUCCUGUUUAGACGGAUAAGAUAUUCGAAUAAAAUAAUCGGAUGAUGUGA